AUGGUGAGGGUUAGUAGUUACAUCCCCACGAGCCGCGAGCCGCCGAUUGCGUCACCGGGAGAGGCAGCUCGCAUCGAUAUUGGUCGACGACGCAACCACAGCGACACACGACGCAACGGCCGACCCAAACCCAAACGUCCACCGGAUGAAGGCUUGGAGGCCGCGGACAAGGCACCGCUGCAGGCCCAGCACCCUGACCGAGGCCAGGCCCCGGCCCAGGCCACGCCGCGGCCGCCGAUGCAGAUCGUGUGGCGGAACGUGGUGCUGUUCGCCUACCUGCACGUGGGCGCGCUCUACGCUAUCCUGCUGUACCAGCUGUCCGCCGUGGCCAUCACCGCCGGCGCCCACCGCCUGUGGUGUCACCGCUCGUACAAGGCCAAGUGGCCUCUCCGCCUCUUCCUCAUGGUGAUCGACACGCUGGCCUUCCAGAACCACAUCUACGAGUGGGUGCGCGACCACCGCGUGCACCACAAGUACAGCGAGACGGACGCCGACCCGCACAACGCCAGCCGCGGCUUCUUCUUCUCGCACGUGGGCUGGCUGCUGGUGCGCAAGCACCCGGACAUAUUAUCUUAUCUUGAUGCCCCUAAUAUGCUUCAUUAUUCCAACAAUUAUUCCUGUGUACAUGUGGAAUGAGACAUGGACAAAUUCUUGGUUUGUUGCUACGCUCUUUCGCUAUACCUUAUCUCUCAACGUGACUUGGCUUGUGAACAGCGCUGCUCAUAUAUGGGGCAGAAAACCUUAUGACAAAUCCAUCAACCCCGCCGAGAAUCUUGGCGUGUCUAUUGGGGCCUUGGGAGAGGGCUGGCACAAUUAUCACCACGUGUUCCCUUGGGAUUACAAAGCCGCUGAGCUGGGCAACUACCGCGCCAAUUUCACGACUGCGUUCAUCGACUUCUUUGCUCUCAUUGGCUGGGCGUACGAUUUGAAGACGGUCCCGGUCUCUACGAUUCAGCGGCGAGUUGAACGCACUGGAGAUGGUAGCCAUGAUGUUUGGGGCUGGGGCGAUAAAGAUAUGCCGCAAGAACAUAUUGACGAAGCUGUGAUUAAGAACAGAAAGACACUGACUCAUUAUUAGUGCUGCAAAAUGAAUGAGAUUGAGCUAUGAUGUGGACAUACUACACUAGACUGAGAGUAUUAAAUAAUCCCGAUAUUAAGGAGAAAGGAAAUUUGCACAAUCAAAAUGUUCUCAGAAGAGAAUCUAUAAUUAUGGAUUCAUGAAAAGCUAUAAGCAUUUACAAGCCUGAUCCUAACGAACUCAAUACAUUUGGUUUGUAAACUGGGGACUUUGAUUAACAUUAUAAUGGUGACAUUCAAUGAUGAAAUGAUUGAAUGCAAAUAUGAGAGAAAGGCAAAUUUUCAAGUUCCUUACAGAUGACUGACAAGUAUCGUACUGUGAAGAUUCAUGCUGUAGUUUUUUCUUUCAAGGAAGAUCAUUGUCUAAAAGUAGUUUUGUGGUACAUUGCGUAUCGUUUCAAAAAGAAACUAAUUUACUCCAUUUACAGGCUGGUCGUUACUUUUCAGAGACGUAUAUUUUUAUUAGACUACCCAAACAAUUGAAAAUAAUGAAAAUGGUUUUCAUGACUUAUUUUUGUGCUUAUUGAUAAUUUUCAUAUAUACACUACCUGGUCUCUUCAGGUAUUGCUGCUGUUUUAGGUUAGUUGCCAAUAUUCGUUUAGCGUAAAUAGUCUCUGGCUUUUGCAGCCUUCUACUCAUCCGCAUUAUUUGUCUGUGAAACCCAGAUGCUUAGAAAGAAAUCGUUUUCUGAGGAUGACCUUGAGGAGUCAUUGAAUUUGUUCGAGAUAUGUGAUGGAUCGAUUAAUUGAAAAUGAUUGUUAAUAAAUUUAUUGGAACUAUUAAAUAGAUUAACUAAAUAAUAUUAUUUAAUGUAAUCAAAUUGUUCGAUUACAAUUAGACCUAAGCGAAAAAUUAUAUAAAUCAAUUUUAAUUUUUUUUAUUCAAUGACCUGUAUAAAUUGUUUAAUUUUCUAAAAACGUAAUUUUAAGGAUGUUAACUUAUGUUCAAUAAUAUACUUAAAACCAUUGAAGUUAUCUCUUGUACGAGAAACAAGAGACAGAAGAGAGAACACGCUACUUUGCAGUGUUGUAGGAUAUUUUUUUCGUACAGUGUUCAUAAUGCAUGACUGUCCAGCAUGUUAUAUGACCGUUUUGUUUCAAGAAAUCGUUCAUAAAAUGGCAUUUUAUGGUACAGAUUGUGACGAAUUAGCCGUUUAUGGUCCGAAUAAUUGUGUCAGCACGCAUUCACCCAAUCGCAGCAAGCUAAUCGAGGGGUGGUAAACCAUACAGUGGACUACCGUUUUCGCACAGAUGCCAAAUACUCGUGGCGUUAUAAUAAAGGUUAUAUAAGAACGGUGAACGCCCACACCGUGUGACCGAUCUCCAUGAAAGUUGGCAUAUCUAUGUGUUUAUUCAGCCUGAUGAAUUAUGUGCUGUUAAUUGUGUUGUAACUCCACUAUAUGGCGCUGCAGAACAAAUUUGCGCUUCGUUUUAAUUCUACUUCCAUUCAAACUGCCCUCCAUCUGGUCUUCAUUGUUUCUGAGUGUUGCCUUGUGAUGCAGGGUGAGACAC